AUGGACGAUUCUGAAAUCACGAUAUCUUCUGUUGCCUCACAACUGAAAGAGAAAAAAAUACUUGCAGAGAAUGGAAAUCUAGAACAGUUUACCAUGAAAGCUUUAAAAAUUUUGGCGGAAGCCACAAAAAGUUCAAAUAAAUUACCUUCAGGCAAGAGCAGAGACCUAUAUGAAAGUUGCCCAGCUUUUCAUAGUAUUAUUAAAAAUCAAAGUAAUAAAGUUUUGUCAAAAAUAUCAGACUUUUUAAAGUACACUAACACAAAGGGAAACAUUUUAAAACGAGAUGAAGAUGAUAAAUUUGAACUCCUUGUUGAUGUCAAUGAUUCCUUACUAGAAAAAGUAGGAACAAAUUUAGAUAGAAUAACUGGAACUUUAAAAAAUGAUGAUUCAACCUUUCUUGUAAAAAAAUCUAGUUCUGUAAAUGGUUCAUGGAACAAAUACAAGGGUCAUAUUACUUCAGCUUCGACUCAAUUAUUAAACGAUAUUUUUAGUAAAACAAAGACUAUGGAAAAACCUCAAAUACAUUUUGAAGAUAAAGUGAAUAAUGAUUUCAAAGAACCUUUUCAACCUAGAAUAAAAUACAAACAUAAUUUACUUAAACCAUUAGCUGUAAUUCCUCAAGAGACAGAAAAUGGAGACAUAGAAUAUUUGCAUCCAUAUGAAUUUGAAUUAAACAAGUUUCAGCCAUUGGAGUCUCAAUUAUUAUCUCAACCACCGAUUUCAUACAAAACGUUAGAGGAAACACCUUUUCACUUAAUUACAAAACCGGAAGAAAUAGAUCCUAUGAUAGAAAAUUUAGAAAAAUGUAAAGAAAUUGCUAUUGAUUUAGAGCAUCAUUCUUAUAGAUCGUUUCAAGGUUUCACUUGUCUUUUACAAAUAAGUACAAGGGAUACAGAUUAUGUGAUUGACACUAUAGCAUUAAGAUCCAAACUAGAAGGACUUAACAAAAUUUUUACAAAUCCCAACAUAGUAAAGGUUUUUCACGGUGCUGAUUUGGACAUAUUGUGGCUUCAAAGAGAUUUGUCUCUUUAUGUGGUUAAUAUGUUUGACACUCAUCAAGCUGGAAAAUUAUUAAAUUAUUCAAGUUUGUCAUUAGCAUACCUCAUGUUUCAUUUUUGUAAGAUAGUUGCUCAAAAGCAUUUUCAAAUGGCCGAUUGGAGAAUUAGGCCACUUCCUGACGAACUUCUUGCUUACGCUAGAGAAGAUACACAUUAUUUACUUUAUAUUUAUGAUAAUUUAAGAAAUAUAUUAAUUGAAAAAAGUAACGAACAAAAAAAUUUAUUACGAACCGUUAUAAAUGAAAGCACUAGGAUUUGUUUAAAAACUUAUAAAAAACCAAAUUUUGACGAAAGUGGAUACAUGAGUAUUUACACUAGAAGCAAAAAAAUAUUUGACAAUCGUCAAAAAUAUGCCUUACAACGUUUGUACGCUUGGAGGGAUUCAACUGCACGAGAAUUGGAUGAAAGUCUAGCGUACGUUUUGCCUAAUCAUAUGAUGUUAAACAUAAGUGAAGUUUUACCUAGGGAAGCACAAGGGAUAUUAGCAUGUUGCAAUCCGAUUCCUUUGCCGGUCCGACAAAAUUUAUUAAAAUUGCAUCUCAUAAUUUUAAAAGCUCGGGAACAACCUCUCGUUAAACCCAUACACGAAGAGGAAACUUUACACAGGAACACGGCCGUUGUAAACGUUUUCGACAAUCCCAUAUACUGUCCUCACGAUUUAAAUCACGAAAGCGAAUUUAGAGACGAUUCUACCGUUCUUAUAAAAAAUAGUAACGAUUCCGAAAAGGAAAAAUCUUCGUCGCAGGAAACCUUUAAGAAUAAACUCACACAAAAGGCAAACAUAUGUUUAAAACCUAUAAUAAACGUUUUUGAAAAAUUGAUUGAUCCAACGCCGAAAAAACAAUUGUUGUCAUUAAUUGAAAAAACGGUUCAUUUGAAUCCGUACCUAAGGUACAAAGCAGCAAAAAAAUAUUCGGAAUCCGAAGAAGCGAAAAAUUUAAAGUUAAAUAUUACAAAACAGCAGGAACUGCAGAUGAGAAAAAAAUUUAAAGGAGAAAAAGAAUUCACUCCAUUCAAAUACGAUUCAGUUGAUUUUGCUAAAUACAAAAGCUCAGGAGAAGGUACCGUUACAAAAAAUAAAAAAGAAAUUAAAAAGAAAACAAUGCGAAAUAAAAAUAAUAAACGUUUUAAAAAAAAUUCUAAAAUAUCAGUUUGA